AUAUUCCCGGUUUUGCAUACCCAAAACUUGGAACCCACGUUUUCGCUUCCAGCCGUAGGGAAACUAGGGACUCGCCCUACGUCACCGCGCGCAUGGCUUAUCGGCUGUCACCCACACUCUCUCUAUCGUGCUUCAACUGUUGGCUGGAGCUUUCUAGGCUCCAGGGGUUGCGGGAGAUAAUCGUGUGGCUUUUGGAGGGGCAGCAUGUGGGCCGUAAAGUUGGGCCGUCCCGGGGGCCCUAGUUAUGACGGAGGGCCAAAAGUUUAUAACUACAUAAGCUACUUCAGUUCAUCACCUCACUUCAACUAGUGCAUCUGACUUCUUCUUUUGAUACAAAGGUACCCUAGAGACUUACAAUAUUCUUCACUGCUCUCUUUCACUUUCCACUUCUUUAAGCUCAGAUCAUCUGCUAUUCAAGAUGGGCGACACAGAGCAGAAGCCCACGCCGGGGAACAACACCAUGUUCCAAGGCUUCGAAUGGAAUGUCCCCGCCGACGGGAAGCACUGGCAGCGUCUGAUAGGCGCCAUCCCCAAACUCGCGGCUGCCGGUGUCAACAACAUCUGGCUGCCUCCCGGCUGCAAGGCCAGCAGCCCCAACGGCAACGGAUACGACGUCUAUGAUCUUUACGAUGUUGGAGAGUUCGACCAAAAGGGUGGCAAGGCGACGAAGUGGGGCACAAAAGAGGAGCUCUUGGAGUUGUCGAAGCUGGCAAAGGAACAUGGCGUAGGCCUGUAUUGGGAUGCAGUGCUCAACCACAAAGCGGCCGCGGAUCAUACUGAGAAGUGUCGAGUCGUUGAGGUGGACGAGAAUGAUCGAACGAAAGAUGUCGGAGAGCCGUAUGAAAUCGAGGGCUGGCUUGGAUUCGACUUCCCAGGCCGAGGGGACAAGUAUAGUGCUCAGAAGUACCACUGGUAUCACUUCUCGGGCACUGAUUUCAACGCGGCGAACGACAAGAAGGCGAUCUACAGGAUCUUGGGCGACAACAAGGGAUGGUCCGCCUCUGUAAGCGAUGAGCAGGGCAAUGCAGACUACAUGAUGUUUGCAGAUCUCGAUUACUCGCAUCCAGAGGUUCAAGAGGACGUCAAGAAAUGGGGCGUCUGGGUCACCAAAGAAUUCGGCCUCAAAGGCUUCCGCCUGGACGCCGUGCAGCAUUUUUCCGAACGCUUCACCGGUGAAUGGAUCGAGAACCUCCGCGAGCAAUGCGGCAAGGACAUGUUCGUAGUCGGCGAGUACUGGACCGGCGAGACCAAGGCCUUGUCCGCCUGGCUUGAGAAGAUGGACCACAAGUUCUCCCUCUACGACUCGCCCCUCCUAUACAACUUCUCCCAAGCCUCCACCUCCGAGGGCGCCGACCUCCGCAAAAUCUUCGACGACUCCCUCGUCCAAUCUCAGCCCGUCAACUCCGUCACCGUCGUCAUGAACCACGACACGCAGCCCGGGCAAACCGUCGCCACCCCCGUCGAAGGCUUCUUCAAGCCCCUCGCCUACUGCCUCACCCUCCUCCGGAAGGACGGCUACCCUUGCCCCUUCUACGGCGACCUCUACGGCAUGAAAGGUGAGAACCCGGAGCCUCCAUCCUGCGGCAACAAGCUCGCAGACAUGAUCCUCGUGCGCAAGCUCUACGCCUACGGCGAGCAGGACGACUACUGGGACGACGCUAACUGCAUCGGGUGGGCGCGGCGCGGAACGUGGGACAAGCCGUUCGGCUUGGCUUGCGUGAUGUCAAACACAGUGCCGGGCCAGAUCCGCAUGGCGGUGGGCGAGAUGCACAAGGGGGAGGUGUGGACGGAUUUACUGGAGUGGGAGAAGAACGAGGUUACGAUUGAUGAGGACGGGUAUGGGCUGUUCCCGUGCGCGGGGAUCAGCGUCUCGAUCUGGGUGAAUAAGGAGGCGGAAGGCCGCGAGAAGUUCCCGGUGAACUUCGACUCUAAUAUCUACAAUGAGUAGGGCGCGGGCUGGGUUGGGUUGGCAUCAUGGCGUGGAGUUGGCGGCGUUUGGGACUCCUAGAUGGGGGCUGGGUGGCUUGCUUCAAAUUGGAUUAGAUCAGAGUUAAGAUCUCGGGAAUAGGGAAUGGUUAAUGACUGUUCAAUCUUCAUCUAAUGAU